CCAGCGUGGCUCGGCCACAUCCACCGUAGUCCUCACAGGCUGGGAGUCGCCACGAAGCGGGUGAGACAGGGAAAUCAUCCCUCAGCCAUUCCAGGCCAUGAAAAUCCUCUCUAGCAGCUCACCAGCUCUAGACCCAAAGCCGCCCUAGCGUCCCGUCGCUGCCAUGGCAACCAGCACGGCAUUUCCGCUGUUGGAAAACGUCAUUUCCGGAGCGCCUGUCCCGGCUCUUCCCAGUUCCGGCCCAUCCGGGUACCGGCCCCAGAGCGGCGCGCUUCUUGUACCGGGGAGGCAGUUGUGUUUGGUGCGCUGAGCCCGGGAGAGUGACAGGCCAUGUCGCUGUCCCACUUGUACCGGGAUGGGGAAGGCCACAUGGAUGACGACGAGGAUGAGCGGGAGAACUUUGAGAUCACCGACUGGGAUCUCCAGAAUGAAUUCAACCCUAACCGGCAGCGCCACUGGCAGACUAAAGAAGAGGCUACCUACGGAGUGUGGGCCGAGCGAGACUCGGAUGAAGAGCGGCCCAGCUUUGGGGGCAAACGGGCCCGCGACUACUCGGCGCCAGUCAACUUCAUCAGCGCGGGGCUCAAGAAAGGGGCAGCAGAGGAGGCAGAGUUGGAAGAUUCUGAUGAUGAAGAGAAGCCUGUCAAGCAGGAUGAAUUUCCUAAGGAUUUUGGACCAAAGAAGUUAAAAACGGGUGGCAAUUUUAAACCCAGCCAGAAAGGUUUUGCAGGAGGAACUAAGUCUUUCAUGGAUUUUGGCAGCUGGGAAAGACACACGAAAGGAAUUGGACAGAAGCUUCUUCAGAAGAUGGGCUACGUCCCUGGAAGGGGCCUGGGGAAGAACGCACAAGGUAUCAUUAACCCAAUCGAAGCCAAGCAGAGAAAGGGGAAAGGCGCGGUGGGGGCGUACGGCUCGGAGCGCACGACUCAGUCCCUGCAGGAUUUCCCCGUGGUUGACUCGGAAGAAGAAGCUGAAGAGGAAUUUCAGAAGGAGCUGAGCCAGUGGAGGAAGGACCCCAGCGGAAGCAAGAAGAAGCCCAAGUACUCUUACAAGACAGUGGAGGAGCUGAAGGCCAAGGGCAGGAUCAGCAAGAAGCUCACUGCUCCCCAGAAGGAACUGUCUCAGGUCAAGGUCAUAGACAUGACGGGCCGGGAGCAGAAGGUCUACUACAGCUACAGCCAGAUCAGCCACAAGCACAACGUCCCCGAUGACGGGCUCCCGCCGCAGUCGCAGCCGCUGCCCCAGCCCGGCAAAGACGCCAAGGCCCCCGGCUUCGCGCUGCCCGAGCUGGAGCACAACCUGCAGCUGCUCAUCGACCUCACGGAGCAGGAGAUCAUCCAGAACGACCGGCAGCUGCAGUACGAGCGGGACAUGGUGGUCAACCUGUCCCACGAGCUGGAGAAGAUGUCGGAGGUGCUGGAGCACGAGGAGCGGGUCAUCUCCAACCUGAGCAGGGUCCUGGAGAUGGUGGAGGAGUGCGAGCGGCGCCUGCAGCCCAACUGCAGCAACCCCCUGACCCUGGACGAGUGCGCCCGCGUCUUUGAGACGCUGCAGGACAAGUACUACGAGGAGUACAGGAUGUCCGACCGUGUGGACCUGGCCGUGGCCAUCGUCUACCCGCUCAUGAAGGAGUACUUCAAGGAGUGGGACCCCCUCAAGGACUGUACUUACGGCACCGAGAUCAUCUCCAAGUGGAAGAGCCUCCUGGAGAACGACCAGCUCCUGUCGCACGGCGGGCAGGACCUCUCCACAGACGCCUUUCACAGGUUGAUAUGGGAAGUCUGGAUGCCUUUUGUCAGAAGUAUCGUCACUCAGUGGCAGCCGAGGAACUGUGACCCGAUGGUGGACUUCCUGGAUAGCUGGGUGCACAUUAUUCCCGUGUGGAUCUUGGACAACAUACUGGACCAGCUCAUCUUCCCCAAGCUGCAGAAGGAGGUGGAGAACUGGAACCCGCUGACAGACACCGUCCCCAUCCACUCCUGGAUCCACCCGUGGCUCCCGCUCAUGCAGGCACGCCUGGAGCCACUGUACUCCCCCAUCCGCAGCAAGCUGUCCAGCGCCCUGCAGAAGUGGCAUCCCAGCGACUCCUCAGCCAAGCUCAUCCUCCAGCCCUGGAAAGACGUCUUCACCCCCGGCUCCUGGGAAGCAUUCAUGGUCAAGAACAUAGUGCCCAAGCUGGGGAUGUGCCUUGGGGAGCUAGUCAUCAACCCCCACCAGCAGCACAUGGAUGCCUUUUAUUGGGUUAUCGACUGGGAAGGGAUGAUCUCUGUCUCCAGCCUGGUGGGGCUUCUGGAAAAGCACUUCUUCCCCAAGUGGCUUCAGGUGCUGUGCUCCUGGCUCAGUAACAGCCCGAAUUACGAGGAGAUCACCAAGUGGUACUUGGGUUGGAAGUCCAUGUUUUCAGACCAAGUGCUGGCACACCCAUCAGUCAAGGACAAAUUUAACGAAGCACUUGACAUCAUGAACAGGGCCGUGUCCUCCAAUGUUGGUGCCUACAUGCAGCCCGGAGCGCGGGAGAACAUUGCCUACCUCACCCACACGGAGCGGAGGAAGGACUUCCAGUACGAGGCCAUGCAGGAGCGGCGGGAGGCCGAGAACAUGGCCCAGCGCGGCAUCGGCGUGGCCGCCAGCUCUGUGCCCAUGAACUUUAAAGACCUCAUCGAGACCAAGGCCGAGGAGCACAACAUCGUGUUCAUGCCUGUCAUCGGGAAGCGGCACGAAGGGAAGCAGCUCUACACCUUCGGCCGCAUCGUCAUCUACAUCGACCGGGGCGUGGUGUUCGUGCAGGGGGAGAAGACCUGGGUGCCCACCUCCCUGCAGAGCCUCAUCGACAUGGCCAAGUAGACCGCGGCCGGGUAGUCACACCCGACAGGGACAUAUUUAUGAAUAAACGACAUUUUAAAAUA